CGCAUAGAGAAAGAACACAACCAACGAUUCGCUGCACUGUCAGCGAGGAAGUGCUGAGACAAAGAGAGUCGACUGAUCGACAAGCCCAGCCUAGUCCCCAGAGAGACUGAGGCUUUGGAGGAGAAACAACGUGGCCGGAAUGGAGUUGGGUCUCCUGCUAUGGAUGGUUUUGACCUUAAUGGGAAGCACAUCAGCAGUGCCAGACCAGUACAGUAGAGCUGUGGAUUGGUUGAGCAGAUAUGGCUACCUCCCUCCUCCUGACCCGCGCACAAGUAAACUGCAGACCAAAGAGGGGAUUGAGAAAGCCAUUCGUGUCAUGCAGAGAUUUGGCGGGGUCCAGGAAACCGGAUUGCUCGACAGUGAAACACUCAAACUCAUGUCCACACCACGAUGCUCCCUCCCUGAUAUUGAUGGGAGUGAGGACAUGCUGAGAAAGAGGAGGAGGAGGAGGAAGAAAAGAUAUGCCCUGUCAGGCCUUAAGUGGCAUAAGACAGACCUCACAUGGAGUGUCCACAGUUACCCAUCGCCCUCCCUCUCCCCCGGUCUGCCUGACAAUUUGGUGAACAGCAUCCUGACUCACGCCUUCAAAGCCUGGAGCGACGUGGCCCCCUUGAGUUUCCAUCAGCUUCCGAGUGACAGCAGGGGGGCGGCAGCUGAAGGGGACAUCAGAGUGUCUUUUUCACGCUUGUAUCACGACGACGGGUACCCUUUUGACGGGCAGGGUGGCACCCUGGCCCACGCCUUCUACCCUGGAAUGCAGGAAGUGGCGGGUGACACACACUUUGAUGAUCAUGAGAUCUGGAGCUAUGGAGGUGGCAGCAUCAAUACAGACUUGUUCACGGUUGCUGUGCACGAGUUUGGCCACGCGCUGGGCCUGUCCCAUUCCUCCUCUGAUCCGUCCAUCAUGAGGCCGUACUACCAGGGUCCUGUGGGAGACAUUCCCAACUUCCGGCUGGCCCUGGACGACAGGCUGGCCAUCCAGCAGCUUUAUGGUGUGAAGGAUGGCAGGCCACCAGGUGGUGAUGAUCCUGACCUCCCACGCCUGCCCAGUCCACCUCCUGCAAGACCAACACAGCUUUCUGACCCCUCAUUUGAUGACCGCUGUCAGGGAGGCUUUGACGCAGUGGCAAAUAUCAGGGGAGAGGUCUUCUUUUUUAAAGGUGCAUACUUCUGGAGAAUUAAGCAAGACGGGUCUUUGGUGUCCCUCAAUCCGGCUCAGAUAAAAAACUUCUGGAUCGGCCUCCCACCAGGAACGAACAAGAUCGACGCUGUGUAUGAGAGGAAAAGCGACAACAAAAUCAUCUUUUUUAUUGGAUCUCAGUACUGGGUCUUCAAGGACACGGUGGCCAUGAGCGGUUACCCUCGGCCCCUCUCUGAAUGGGGAAUGCGGACAAAGAGUGGGGUGCUGGUGGACAAGGUGGAGGCAGCCUUCGUCUGGGCCCACAACGGCAAGACCUACCUGUUCAGCGGUGGGGAGUUUUGGAGGUUUGACGAGAGCCGUGAGGGCGAACAGGUGACCAGGCAGCGAGAAGAGGGCUACCCACGAAAUACCAACCUCUGGGCAGGAGUGCCCUCACACAUAGAUGACAUCAUCAGCUGGGUAGAAGGAGAUGCCUACUUCUUCAAGGACAACCUUUACUGGGUGCUGAAGAAUGGAGGACUGCACCAAGAUGUCGUCACUCCUAAAUCCAUCGCUGUAGACUGGCUCAGAUGUCCAGCUCUGCCUGCAAGCCCCACUGCAGCCAAUCCUCGAAACCCAAAGGAGUGCAAGUGUGACUUAAGCGGAUCAUCUUCAUUUCUAAGAAGCAGCUGGCUCAUCCUGAUCUCUGUUAUAUUGGUAAUUAAUGAGUUUAUUAGAAAAUAGACACCUGAGUUUGGAAAGUUUUUUUUAAUGCGUGUUCAAAACGAAGUGGCUGCAGGCUGUUUUUGUACUUCCCUUAAUCCACUUGAGGAUAAUAAAGGCUCUUCACAUCAUCACGCACAGUACAUUACAACCCACAAACUGGAAUCAGAUUACAUACUAGUUAUAUAAUAAGCAUAUGUUAAAUAUCCGCCUUAUACUUUAACAUAAGGCCUACAUGUAUCAUGUUACUGUAAAUACUUUGCCUUAUCAGAACAUAUUGCUGACCUGUGAAAAUUGUAGAUUUUGUAGGAUUUCCAUCCCUCCUUUUUCUAGAGUGAGUCUUGGAUUACAUGGAGCCUGUAGAGGAGAAUGCAUGGAAAUUCAGUAAAUCCAGCUACUCUCUUAUAAUGAGGUCUUACACAACCAACUUAUGCUUGGACAGUAAACAGGCAACACAAACAUACUUAAGUGCAAUAGUCAAUUUCUUUAUCAGAGCUCUUUUGUGGGUGUGCAUACAUACUUUCCUCUACACGCUUGGAAGCAGAGGGUGAUGCUGUACUCAAAUGGUUACCCAUUAAAUGGUUAGCCACUAAAUCCUACACACUGAACCUUUAAAGAAACAAGAAAAAGAGCAAAACUGUGCUAAAUGACUAAACAGAAGUAGCCGGUGUGACAUUUAUACACAUUCAAGCUUCAUUUUUUCACAUUUUAGUUCUUUUACAAUGAUGUUAAUUACUAUCAUGCAACAAAAAACAAUUGUAUCUUUUUAUCUGAUUAUUCAACUUUGCUGACGUCUGUCACUGUGGUGCUUUUGAGGUGGAGCUAAGCUCUGCAGAUGUAAUGCAGUAAAUCAUUUUAUGAUUAAAGUUAUUAGGUUGUAAUGUGUUUCUCAGGUUAGGCCGCACUUACAGUAAUUAAGGUAUGGUAUGUAUGUUAUACUGUAGCUGCAGGUCUGUAUGCAAGAAAUCAACAAAUGGGACAAUUUCUAAGUGACUGUUAUAUCAUCAUUAAAAUGUUCUUAAUAUCA